AUGGUGACCAUUACGAAACAGGCUGAGGGCGGAAGCCACGCGGCGCAGCCCACGGCUGCCAUCACCCAGAUCAGUGCCAAAUAUAUCCGUGCCGAAUCGUCUUCGUGGACGGUCAAGGGCCAGGCUGGGUCGAACACGACUGAACACCACACCGUGACACCCCCACGCACCAUUGCCGUGCCCCUGAAGCCAAAGGAAACCGGCGCCUCGGCUGUGAUGGAGAUUUUGACCGCUCUGAAGCUCAUCGCAUGUGGUCAGGAUCGCGAAGGUCCUUACUCAGGCAAUCCCCACGGGGCAAGAGGACCCCACACUCGCCGCCUAAUUUACCUUAGGUGGUCAGGUGUUAGCCCGACAGCUAGGGUUACGGGCCGCAAUCGCUGGUUGCUCGCCAGAAAAAUGAUAAAGCAUCGAACCACAGGAGUCAGGCGUCCAGAAUCCAGGCGAGCCCUCGCCCCUCUCUGCGCCGACCACGUUGAAGGCUUUUGCUCGUUGGCUGUCCUGGCUGCGAACUGCAUGCAUCCGAAAGGAAUUCAUUGCACGCUGACCCAUGAGCAACUCGAAACACACACACCGGGCCAAGCACACGGAGAAGCAGGUCGUGUGCCAUUCGAUGGGAGGGCAGCCUCGGCUUAUGGCGAACUGCCCGCUGCUUCCACACCGCCCGCAGGCUGUCUCAUGGGCAUUUGCAGUGCCGCCCUCCCCCUUGCACCUAAUAACGGGGGUCAACCCAGCCCCAGCGACCGCUCGACUUACGACUCAGCCGCAAGCCCUGGGUCUCCUGCUGGCUGCACCUAG